AUGAAAACUCCAAAAUCAAAACAUAAAAAAGCUAUUUCUGAAACUGAUGAAUCUCAACCAAUAGCAUCAGAUCAAUUAUUUUCAAUUAUCUCUUUGAGUAGUGCUCAAAAACUCAUGAACAAUUUAGAAAAUGAUAUCUGCCUUAAAUUAGCAAUUCAAACACAUCUAGAAGAAACAAAUUUAAUUUUACAAAGACCAAAUUUAACAUUGAUCAAUACCAUUUUGAAAAUUGACUCAUUCAAACAACAAUAUCAAGAAGAACCAAUGAGUUUAAUUAAUAAUAAUAAUAAUAAUUCAAAUCAAAUGGAACCUAAAACAUCUUUAUGGGAUGCUGCAUUAAUAAACUAUUUUACAGAAUGUAUAAAAUGGUCAACAACUAAAUGGAUUGAAGAAUUUUAUAAAAGAAAAUCAAAUUCAUUUGGAAAUAGAAUACGUGUUUCAAUGUUUCAAUAUUUACCAAAUAAUAAUAUCAGUGAGUCCAAUGAAAUAAUAGAUAUGGAAAAAUUGAUGUGUAUCAUAAUCAGUUUCACUACAGCUUACAUAUUAUUACGUCAUUUACAAUUGUGGCAUUUAGCAAAUGAACAAUUGUUUUUGAAUAAAAAGAAUGAUAAUUUCAGUGAAAAAACAAAAACUACUUGUUUAAUAGCAUCAAUUCAAUUUUUCAAAUCAUUAUUUCAAUUAUCAAUAAUUGAUACUCUUAGUGAUGAACAUCAUCAUUAUAAUACAAGUGUAGAAAAGAAUCUUUAUGAAUUUGAAAAACAAUUCUCUGGAUAUUUAUCUAUUGUUGAAUUAACUGCGGCAGAAUUAUUGAUAGAAUUCUUUUCAAGACAUUUUUUAAAUAAGCAUAAUUUGUUGGAAAGAGUUUUUGGACCAUAUACAGCAUGUAAUCAAAGAUUGAUAAAAAUCUCUUGUCCACUUUAUUUUGAUACUUUGUUGGAAACAUUUGAAACAUCAUCCGAUUCUAUAUGGCCAGCACCAUUAUCUGAAGCUAUAUCACUUAGAUUCAUUUCAAAAUAUUCUGAAUUAUUUCCUGAGAAAGUAACUAAAUGGUUAAAAAUUAUGAAACCAAUUGAAACGUCAAAAGACACCGAACAACAACAACAACAACAACAACAGCAACAAAAUGAACAAUCAAUAUCUUUAGAAACUGAAAUUCAAAUUAGCCCAACAACCGAUGAAUUAAAACAAGAAGAAUUCAAUUCAAUGUUCAAUCAAAAAUAUCUUACUUCUAUUGAUACAUUGAAUUUAUCUGAAUUGAAUGCGAUUACGCAAGUGAAUCAAUUGGAAUUAGAUAGUAUUGUACAAAAGUUACUAACUGAAUUAUCUUUAACAUUUCUUAAUAAAGAUUAUUUAAUUAAAAUAAAAGAGAAACAAAUUGAAUUAGGCAAACAAUUGAUAGAAAGAGCUAAAAUUAAAAUUGCUGAAUUAGAACAAUCAUCAAAAAUAAAUAAAUGA